GUUUCUGGCAGUUUGUUUUCACCCCCAUCCAGCGGUGAGCCGCUACACUGAGCUGACGCGGAGUCAAUGGGUUCUCACACCUUUUUCAGUGAUCUCCUAGUGCGUGUGUUGGAACUUCAGGUGUGCGAGUGAGUGACAGCCGGCACACUCCGGUAGAACCUCCCAGGCACACCCACAAGAAGUGAAGAAAGAAGUGGCGCUGGAAGUUCACCGGCAGAGUGUCAGCAUGGUGCUGAUGGUGGUGACGGCAAGUUGGAGGCGGCCGACCAGUAACACCGGAUAGUUGCAUUCAUCACUUCAGAGGAGGAAGAAGAGGAGGAGGAGGAGGAUGGGCGUGUGCGUAAGGCGGUGCUGCUGCUGCUCAUCUUCUUCAUCCAUGUAAAGUUGAAAGUCGAGCCGCAGGAGAAGAAGAAGAAGGAGAAGCGGGGGAGAGUCUCCACCCGGAGGCAGAAGACGAGACAAGGAGGAGGGUGAGGAUGAGGAGGCACCGCGGCGGCUCGGUGCUCGUUGUGGGCGUCUGACCAGGCGAAGGCCACUGGUCUACUUUUCUGCUGUGAGGUAGAGCAGCCCCGUCCUGCCUGGAAGGAAGAGACAGACGAACUGAUAGACUGUCCCCCCCCCCCGUGAAGUGUUCUCCCUUUCAUGGAUGCCAGGGUGGCCCUGCUGCACCUCUGGGCAGUCCUUGUCCUCCUGACAGCUGAGCUGACGUGGAUUGAUGCUGCAGAGGUCUACACCAACGCUUGGGCUGUCCAGAUCGUUGCCGGGCCAGAGGAGGCCGACCGCAUCGCCAGGGAACAUGGUUUCACCAACCUCGGCAAUGUUUUUGGAGAUUAUUAUCACUUCAGGCAUCAUGCCGUGGAGAAGAGGGCUUUGUCCGGCCACAGGGGGAUGCACAUCAGACUGCAGAAAGAACCCCAGGUCCUAUGGAUGGAGCAGCAAGUGGUGAAGAAAAGGAAGAAGAGGGAUGUGUUUGAAGACCCAACAGACCCUGAUUUCCCCAAGCAGUGGUACCUGACCACCCCAUCGCAUCAAGACCUGAAUACCAAAGUGGCCUGGGCUCAGGGCUACACAGGAAGAGGCGUUGUGGUGACUAUCCUGGACGACGGCAUUGAGAAAGACCAUCCUGAUCUCAUCAAUAAUUAUGACCCUGAGGCCAGCUAUGAUGUGAACGAUGGAGACGCUGAUCCCCAACCAAGAUACACGCAGCGAAAUGAGAACAGACACGGGACGCGAUGUGCAGGAGAAGUCGCGGCUGCAGCCAACAAUGGUGUGUGUGGUGUGGGCGUGGCUUAUAAUGCUAAAAUUGGAGGAGUUCGGAUGCUGGAUGGGGAGGUGACAGACAUGGUAGAGGCUCAUUCCCUUAGCCUCAAUCCACAGCACAUCCACAUCUACAGUGCCAGCUGGGGCCCGGAAGACGAUGGCAAGUCGCUGGACGGCCCUGCCAAGCUGGCGAAGGAGGCUUUUCUCCAGGGAAUCACCAAGGGACGCGGCGGACUGGGCUCCAUCUUCGUGUGGGCCUCUGGCAACGGUGGCCGCGAGCAGGACAGCUGCAACUGUGACGGCUACACAAACAGCAUUUACACCCUGUCCAUCAGCAGCACCACGCAGGCCGGCAACGUGCCCUGGUACAGUGAACCCUGCUCCUCCACGCUCGCCUCCACCUUCAGCUCCGGAAACCCAGGGGAGAAACAGAUAGUGACCACGGACCUCAGACAGAAAUGCACAGACUCUCACACGGGGACGUCUGCCUCCGCCCCACUGGCUGCUGGGAUCAUCGCUCUGGCUCUGGAGGCCAACAUGAACCUGACCUGGAGGGACAUGCAGCACCUGGUGGUGAGGACGUCCCGGCCCGGACACCUCAGCGCCGGAGACUGGAAGACCAACGGAGUGGGACGCAGAGUGAGUCAUUCGUACGGUUACGGGCUCCUGGAUGCUGGCGUUAUGGUUUCUUUGGCACAGAACUGGUCGACACUGGGGCCACAGAACCAGUGUGUUCUCACCAUGCUCACAGAGCCGAGAGACAUCGGAAACAAGCUGGUGUUCAGCAAGAGCGUGGAUGCCUGCUGGGGACAGCCCGAGUACGUCAGCUCUCUGGAACAUGCUCAGGCUCGACUCACUCUCUCCCACAACCAGAGGGGAAAAUUGGCCAUUCAUCUCAUCAGCCCACUGGGCACACGCUCCACCCUGCUGUUCCCCAGGCCCAACGACUUCUCCUCAGAGGGAUUCAACGACUGGGCCUUCAUGACCACCCACUCGUGGGACGAGGAUCCUCAAGGGGAAUGGACCCUGGAAAUUGAAAAUGUUGCGGCUAACGGACACGACUAUGGUGUGCUGACUCAGUUCACCCUCCUCCUGUGGGGCACUGGUCCCAGUGUGUUCAACCCCUCGUCGUCCGAUUUCCCUCGACCGUCCAACAACAGCUGCAAGACCUUCGACGCCCAGCAGAUCUGCAUCGAAUUGCAGCCCGGCUUCUCCCUCUUCCUCCAGGGUUGUGUGAAGUUGUGUCCGCCGGGCUUCACGUCGGGCCCGCAGCUGCUCAACCUCUCCCUGGAGAACUGGGUGGACCUGUCCUCCAUCCAGGCCUGUCUCCCCUGCAACCCCGCCUGCCUCACCGCUCCGGCCCCCGGCCCCACAGACUGCCUGUCCUGCCCGCCUCACAACCACCUGGUCCUCACCUCCUGCCUGCACCAGAACCAGGUCCAGCGUAAGUCCCCUGUAGCCGGGGGACUCCUGGGAGACGGAGCCCAGCCGCACGAGGAGAUCCCGGCCCGCUGUGGACGACAACGGCCAAGAGGGCGAGGAACCCACCGGGGCUCAGCGUCACUCCUGUCCACCCAGCUGCCCGCCGUCGUGGCCGUGCUCAGCUGUGCCUUCAUCCUGGCUGCCUUCGGCGGGGUCUUCCUCCUGCUGCAGAUGCGCUCGGGUGGCGCCGCGCUGGGCUGGAGGACCAAACUGCCCUCUCUCUUUUCAGAGACGAGGGGGGUGCGGGUGGGCUUCGGUUUUGGCUUCGGCCAAGGACGGGAGAGGAAGACGCGGAUAUGCUACAAGGGGAUCCCCACUGUGUGGGGGGAUGAGGACAUGAUCGCCUACGAGUCUGAAUCAGACGGCGAGGAAGUGGACAGGAACGGCGAGAGGACACAUUUCAUCAAGACGCAGAGCUCCAUCUAGAUGAGCCUGCGUCUGCUGGCAUGGGGACGGCUCCAUGUGUCGGUGUGACUGUGAGGAGCUGAAACAAGAGGGACAAUCCCACAGACCCUACAUCCACACUACUACGCUUUUAUUUGACACGUCAACUCCCGGCGCCCAAAAAACUCUGGAGUUUUAGAGCAAAUAAAACUGAGAAGAUUGGAAACGCUGCCAUCACCCGUUUUAGUUUGAAAACUACGUGGCUGGGUUUUAGUCUGCACCGGGCAGAAGCAGAGCUGACGUAGACUCUCACCGCUGCUUGCUGAUUGGGUCUUUGCUGUCACAACGUAGCCUUUGCUGAUUCGUCAGGCUCCUGUUGUUUUCAUUAACAGCCUUUGUGCAGUUAAAUUCUACAUUUCCCCGCUUGUAUGUGUAGGAGACGAGCUAUAAUUCGAGCAAUCUGGAUGCCCGUGUCCAGAGGGGCACGCACGCCUUUCUGUUUCCACCCGAUGAGGGCGAGUGGUCACAUGAUCUGCGUUUGCAGGCACGUUGGAAAAGUUGUUUUCAAACAAACAAAAACGUAGUAGUAUGGAUGUAGCCAGACAAAAACAAAACGCAGGCCUUACUGUCCCAUCAGCACCUCACCCACUCUCAUCCACAUCCACUGAAGAGUCAAACAUCUGGAUUUCCUGUAUUUAUUUGCAUUUAUUAAUUUAUCUCAUUAAUGUUCUGAUUCCAGAUGUAUUUAUCAUUAUGCAUUUGAGAACUUUUUUUGUCCAGUUUAUCAAGGUGGUUUAGUAUUGUACUUCCUUUACUUCAACUUGGAGGCUUGCAAUAAACAAAAGGUCAAAGCAGCAGCAGCGAUAUCCUGAUAUCCAACACUACAUUUCCCAUAAUGCAGCUGAAUAGCAUUGUUCGAUUCUGCCAUGUCUGGUAAAUUCCCAUUUAAGUCAACUCUCCAAAAUCACAAAGCCAGAGCCAACAAAAACCCCAGUGACAUUAAGAAUGAAUGUGACAAACUCCAGGUCAUCACAGAUCCAAUACUCUGUCUUUGUUCCUGGUUUUUUUGUAUCAGACACUUGACAGAUUUCUUUGGGCCCGAGGUGGUGAUGUUGACAAGUUGUUAUUAAUCUUAGGAAAGCUUCUUCAUCCUGCAGCUGUUUGAUGAGCAGCAAACUGUGGAGGAUGUUCUGCUUUCAAUCAGGCCACAGUGGAAACUGCCAUAAAAGCACAGACACAUCAGAUAAAACAUCAUAUUGACUUAUCACAGCGUUCUGCUGUUAUUUGAGGGAAGCAAAAAAAAAUAUAUAAAAAAUCUCUCGCUGACCUUUAGAGCAUUUUUCUUCCCGGAGCAGAUAUUGAUCUUCGGGGCUUCUCUCCCAGAACGUCUUCAUCAGGGUAAAGCUUGUUUCCCCCUUUUUCUAUUGUGAGCACCGUUCAGUGACAGACGAACACACGCCUCAUUUCCUCCAUUUAUAACAAACUGAAUCAAAAAGAAUCGAAUGUGAUUUAAAAAGAAGAACUGAUCUUGUAUUUGCAUUUUCUAUGUUUGUUUUAUAUCCUUUUUUAUUUAACUGACGAUGGAUGUUAAUAUUGUGGAGAUUCAGUUUCAAGCUGGAAUAAAAAAAACGACUUUGGCUGUUA